AUGAAGCUACUUUCCACAGUUGCCUGGAUGGCCAUGGCGGCACUCCUGCCCACGGUAGCGACAGCCGCACCUACGAAAGCACCUACCAAGGCGCCCUCGCCAGCCCCCUCCACGGCACAACCCAGUGCUUCUCCCAGCGAUGUCCCGUCGCAAUCCCCCACCAAGCACGAAGCCGAAUCGACCAUUCUCGACGAAGCCUUGGACGCCUUUUCGGCAGAUUUUCUCGAGAUUGCCACCGUUGGCAAUCUCGAUGUUACCAUUCCCUUGAUUGGAGUCUCGGUCAAGGAUGUCGUCGGAGAUGGAGGAAUCUAUGCCGCCCUCAAUUUCACCGAGUUUGUUCCCGAAAAGAUUGGAUCCAACACGGAUGCCACCUUGCCGGCAGAAGAUGUGCAACGCCUCCUCAAUGAAUUUGCCGAUGCACAGACGGGUACCACCGUCCAAGUCUAUUCCAGUGAUGAGUCCGCGCUUUGUCCCAGUGCCACUCCGCAAACAGAGCCCAUUGAAGCCAGUUGGGUCGAUGCCAAUCAUCAGGAAAUGAAAAUUGCCUUUUGUUUGAGUGUCCCCUACUCCCAGACGGUGACCCUGGAUACCAACGGAUUGUUUGAUGCAUCUGCAUCACAUGUAUUGGUGGAAACAUCGGCGAGUAUGACCGUCACCGCCACGGUGAUCGUCGCGGCGGAACUCACUGUGUUCUUUGAUCCCGACGCGCAAGGCAAAGUCACGGAACCGCAGUUUGCCAUUGAUCCCAUUACGUGUACCAUGAGUGCCGUCGAUGGAGGGGUCGACUUGAAUUUGGUACUGGGUGUCCUCGAGCUUUCAUCCACCGCCAAUGCCGACUUGUCCGUCGGAUUCACCUUUUGUUUUGAUGAUGCGGCCGCCUGUGGAGACAGUCAACUGGGAACGUCCAAUGUGUACUUGACCAUUACGGGAUCGUACACCAUUGGUGGAACCGUCACGGCAACGUCCACCGUGCCUGGAUUGACAUUGGAUCCCAGUGCCGACUUUACCAUUUCGGGAACGGGAAUCAUGGACAAUUACGUCCCCACCAUUUCCGUUUCCAACUUGAAUGACCUCGAUGGAUUUGUCAGCUUUUCACCCGCAAAUCUGCUUCGCAUGUUGCGACAGAUUGAAGCCACCAUCUUUCGUCUGCAAGAACACGAGUACUUUCUCACCACCAGUAUCCCAUUGACGGAUACUACCUUUUCCACUGCCCUUGCCACCGGAUCUGUCUUUUUGGCCAACAAGUACUACGUGGCCAUUCCACAAGCCUUGUCGGUGCGCCCCAAGAAAUCGCGUACCUUGUUGAGUUCCGAAGCCUUUGAUUCCACCUUGAGUGCCAGUGCCGGCAAGACGUACGAGUUGGUCUACACGCUUGGGCCGGAUCUAUUGGCUAAUCCCAGUGACCUUGCUGCCGUCGAUGAUUUGGCCGAAUCCACCGUUUGUCCCUUUACGCUGGCGGCCAAUAUGAGUACGGUCGAAGAUUUCGCACAAGCCGUGGUCGACGAGACUGCGACCUGUACCAUUAACGUGUGCCGCAUGGCCGAAGCCAACGCUUGUACUCGCGAUGAUGCCUCGUCGGCUCCCACGUUGGAUAUUCGAGGAAGUUGCAUUGAUACCUGUCAUGUCGUGGUCGAUACCUACUUGGAUGAUGAUGGCAACGACCGCAUGUACAUUACUUCGGUGGUGGAUGCGGACAAUACUACCGAUGUCGUCUUUCUCAGUUUGAACGAAGAAGCGUCGGUGCGUGCCGGUCCCACCAACUUGUAUGGGUUCCCUCUCAAUCAGGCGGCAACGCCCGAGUUGGUGCCUCGGUUUGACAGUAUUGUCGACUUUGUCGAUACCUUGGCGAAUGCUGUGACGACCCAGUUUCCUGGUGUCACCAUUGGCUUUGAAUAUGUUGCACCCGCAGGGGAUGACUAUGGCCGCUACGAACUCAACAUUGUCGUGGGCAAGGAUAACACCAUUGACGCCAAUUGGAGCCCACCUGAUGGAGAUCUUGGAGACUUUGGAAGCGUUGCCAUUGAAAGUGCCAGCCUUGCCUUGACGGCAUCAGCGUCGUUUUCGACUGGAUUUGCUAUCGUCUUGGGUCCUGACUCGACAGAGUCUCUCACAAUGUUGGGAACGGCUUGCAACACUGCCGACACUUCUGGUUUUCUAUGCGCUCUAGAAGAGACCCAGUUCAACAUUACCUAUGUCAUUCAAGACGGUGACCCGAUCAACCACGUGAUUACUGUGCCCGCGGCCGCCUCGUCGACCUCCAAUGCGUCUUCGACUCUCUUGACUGCCCUCAACGCCAUGGACACUGGCAACUUUCCCAAUGGGAUUGCCACCAUCACCGAAAUUGGCUCGAAUCUGAUUAAUAUCGAGUUUGAUCCCGACAUUAGUGAGAUUGAACUCGACGCCCAAAAGUACUGUCAAGAUGCGACCAACAGCAGCAUUGUCGACAUGAGCUCCAAGGUCUUCCAGUGCGCAGACGGAUAUGUGCCCUACAAGAUUGCAAACUCGUAUGGUUUGGAGGAUCAGGUCACCUCGAAGGUCAGCUUCCAGCUCAUGGUUGCCCAGUCCAAGGUAGAAGCCACGGUGUCGCUGUCGGGCUCUGCUGACAUUACUGCCAACCUUAAUGAUGUGAUCAGUGUGGCGGCAACGGUUGCUGUUUCAGAGGUUGGCGGAAACGUCUCCUUAACGUGUGGGCUUGACCAGUACACAGCUUACUCUGACUGGGUGCAAGAUAUUGUGUCUCUGAACAACUUUGAUGCCUCGGCUACCGUUGACGGCUCCUUUACAGCCACGGUGGAUGCCUUGGCACCGUUCUCGGUGUCGGCGUCAGCGAAUGGAUACUUUACUACACCCUUUGACGUUGACUUUGUGAACCCUACCAAACCGGACAUCACUUUCGAUGUCGACCUUCCCAACGUUGGCGACGUCCGCUUCAUCACAUACAAAGAUGUUGUUUCUUGUAUGUCGCUAACUCAGACGUUCUUGGUUGGUGACGGCUCUGUUGAGUCUUGCUCUGACGGACUUUUGAAUUUUGACCUCCUUGGGAAGAAUCCAUUCUUCGAAAAGAUACCAAUUUUGGGAAAGCGUCCGUGCGCUUCGCUUGAUUUGCUUUCCGCGUACACUGACCUGAUUGAUUACUUGGUUGGCGAAGUCGAUGAGGGCAUUAAUACGACAUUUACUGCUCUUGAAGAGAAGCUGGAGUCUGCCUUAGCAGAUGUGGUCGCGAGCACCGGAGGAACUGCGGGCGUUACGUUUGCAACUUCCGUAGCGACUGAUGAUGAUGGUACUACUACCCGUGCCACGCUGACGGUGGACCUUGUCCUCGAAUGGUCUCUUUCCUUCCUCGAAGAAUUGGGUCUCAGCUUGAACGACAUCCUUGAUGGCGUCGACGUUGCCGGUGACGAAGUCUCCACUGCCAUUAAUGCUCUUCUUGGAGACGUUAUCCCUGCAAAUGGCUUUGGUGAGAUUACUUUCGACGGAACCAUCAAGUUCCAGUCCGGGAUUGGGCUUGAACGAACAGUUGAAUUGAGUCCACCCGACGGCACAGCAGCUUUCGAAGGAACUACUUGUUUCAUGCUGGGAACCUCGGGCCUGCAAAUGGGAUUCAAUGGUGGCACUGACGGUAGCGUUCUUGGCUUUGACGGAAUGCUUGGCCCCUUUGCUGGAACGUUCGGUAUUGAUUUGAACUUUAUUGACGGAGGAGGCCCCCUGGAUGGGCUGUCACUGGAUGUCAGUCUUGAUCCAAGCUUCAACUACUACCUUGAUGCGAGCUUCCCAGAUAGGAUUGCCACACCAUCGUCCUUUGAGGUGGUUGAUGGUGUUACGGGGCUGCUUACAAAGCUUUCAGGUGUCUGGGCGGGAGGGGUGCAGGGAGAAUUCAAGGCUGAGAUUCCCAGUGUCGAUGUGAAUUUGAAUCUUGGUAUGAGCUUCCCGGACAUCCAGACCUUGUUUUCGACACCAAAGAUUGCCAUCUUUGACAUCUUGAGCGAUUCGACCAGCAUGGGAAGCUUUUCCGAAACCGUUGGUGGUACGCUAGAGUUUUCAUUGGAAUCUUUCACGUCUUUGGGCCACCUUGCGGAUCUCGUUAUCCCUGGCAUCGGUGAUCUCAUGUUGGGUGAUGGGGCAUUUUCAAACUUUGUUGAUGCCGUGCAGCAAUUCUUUGAUCGCAUUGAUAGUUUCACAUUUGGUGCUAGUGGUUUCAUCACAAGUAUUGAUAUCCCAUUCCUCAAGAAGAAGAUUGCCACUUCGUUGGGUGCUGGCAGUGGAGGCACCAGUGGAUCCAGUGUGUUCAAGCAAGCUGGUGCCAAAAUUGCAGGAGCCUUUGACGAUGCACUUGACACACUAGUGGGUGAACUCGGUGGAACAAUUGCCGAAGAAGUGGCUAGCUUGCUGAACGAUGUACUGGCCGAUUAUCUAGUUCCGGACCAAGAAGUGGAGCCUAUCUGUGGUUGUGGCGAAGACGAUGAUGGCAACUUCUUGUCUGGAGAUGAUUGCCCAUGCGCAGACAAUGAUGGCUCCAUUGAAUCCAUUGAGUGGAAGAUCCCACUCGGAGGAGCAGCUUUGACCUUUGAAAUCCCUCUUGAUUUUGAGCUCGAUACAAAGCUUGCCCUUGACCUGAAUUUCACUCAAGCCGAUGACGAACCAAUCGUGCUAACUAUUGGGUGGUCUUUCACAUUGGGUAUUGGAUAUGAUAUUGAAACAGGACUCUUCCUCGACACAUUCCCAGGAGACACGGAGAUCAGCAUUGAAGCUCUCCUUUCUGUGACAUCGCCUUCCAUUACCGCAUCGCUGUUUAAUUUCUUGGAUGCGAAUUUAACAGACACGAAAUGUGAUAUUGCUGCAGGCUUCUUCAUUGACUUUGAUAAGGUUGCUGGAUUGCGCCUAUCGUCCGAAGAGAAUGCAACUGACCGAAACUAUGGUCGUAUGUCACUAUCGGACUUCAAGGGUAUCUCAACUGACUUCUUCCAGCCACUGGUCAGAGCAGCUGCAACUUUUGGUACCCACAUGGAGCUUUCUGUUAGUGACGAAUUGAUUGGUGAUGCUGCAAAUUAUGUGCCCAAACUCUCCGGAGAUAUCGUUGGCGUUCUCUACAAGGAAAUCACCACCGACGACCCAACACCUGCACCUUCUCCUGCGCCCACGUCUGCACCAGGUGCCAACACAAGGCGGCUUGAAAGGGUCGAAAGAGACCUUGCUGGCUUGGGACGACUCUCGCCGACCGAACACAACGCACGAAGGCUGAUGGAGACAAUGAGGUCUCUGACAUUCACUGAUACUCUAGCCACAGGGUACGACUUCAGUGCAGAAUACUGCGCCAUCCCCGAGGACGAUCCCUCCACAGGAUGCCUUCUGGUUCAGAAUUUGGAAAUGGACACUCAAAAGCUUGUGGAUGUCUUCACCCCUGCUAUUGAAAUUUUUGUGACAUCUGACGGUGACGGCGCUCUUGAUGAGCUCGCCGCUCCACUACUCCCUCUCAAUGAUCCCAUCCCAGGAGUCUCUGAUCUCACCGGGAAAGAAAUGACGAUCCUCGAUGCUGGUGAAGCUUAUCCAAAGGCUGCCAGGGGUGUUGCCGCAGUUCGCACAUUCCUAGAAACCUAUGAGAAAAUCAAAACCUUUGUGGAGGACUUCACAGAAGAUGGAGUGAUCACAAUCGCAGAUGAAUGCGACGUUCUUGCUGGCUUUGAGUGUACUGGUGGUCUGUUCGGUGAAGAUGAGGGUGACGAAGCGGAAGGGAGAAAACUUGAGGUCACGGAAGGUGCCCAUGAAAUCUUUGCCUUGACCAACAAGGAAGGACUUCCGAUUUCCCCUGCAGACUUUGAAUUCAGGCGUCGACUGGGCACAUGUGAUACUGAUGGGUCCACUUGUACAGAUGGAACUUUUGACGGUGACUGUUCCACCUGUUGUUCGGGUUCUUGUUCAACAACUAGUGAGAAAGUAAAGAAGGCCAAAUGCCUGAAGGAGAAGGUCAAGUGCGUGGCCAACGGCAUUGAUGGUCUUUCAUUCCCAUUCCUGUCCGAUCCAACUGUUAUGAUUGGACUCAUCACUGGUGAUGACUUUGGUCUCGUUGAGUACGCACCAGAAGCUCUUGAGUUUGCUCUUGCAGCUGAGUUUUGCUACACUUUGUACACACCACCGUUUGUUGAGCUCUGCAUCCUGCUAGAGUUUUCAUCUACGUUGAGAUAUGGUGUCUCUUUGGACACCAAGGGAAUCAGAGAAGCUGUCACACAAAAGGAGCCUAUCAAGGCUCUCAACAGUUUUGCCAUCAUGGAUCUAUUUGAUGAUGUGGAUGAGCCUAUUCUGAUCCUUGCUGGAUCUGUUGGUCUCAAUAUCAAUGCCAAUGCUGUGUUUCUCGAAGUUGGACUAACAGCCACAGUUGGAUUUGUUGCUACUGCUGACAUCUUUGAUCCAUUCCCCGAAACCAGUGGUGGACUUGUGCGUCCUUACGAGCUAAUCACCUACCAGGGUCUAAAUCCCAUGAAUUGGUUCGAGUUCACGCUCUCCAUCUACUUUGAACUGGAAAUGUACAUCAGAGUUCAAAUCUGGCUGAUCUUUGACAAGAUUACUAUCUAUGAGUUGUCAUACUCCAUUCGUGAAGAGCUUAUUGAGCCAAUUGAGAUCUCUCCACCUGGUGUGACGCCAGUUGUCCAAGUGGAGGGUGGUGAACUUGUUUUGACCGCUACCAGUGAGGCUGAGUCCUCUGGCCUGGUGUGUGUUUCUCAAGAUGGAGUCCUCGGAGAGGAAACCAUAGAAUGUGCCAUUGGGCAGAAGUUUGCAACUGGCGAGGGCGUUUCACAACUUUCCCUAACUACUAGUGGUGCAAGCGGCCGUGUUCUCGACAUGCUUCAUUACGAUGGAUCAUAUGCGGGCCGCAUGGUGCUAACCAGCAGUACAGAUGCCACCUUCACCAGCAUUCAGUCUCCCAUUGACCUUGGAGAUGUUGGCACCUUGUCACUCAACUACUAUACCUCAGGAACAACAAUUCUGAGCAAUGGAGCCAUUGUAAUUGAGGCGAUGGCGAUCCAGGCAGGACUUGCCAACGUGAAGUUUAAUAAUAUUCAGGCAGGCUACCUGACCCUUCCAUUUCCUGAGGUUCAGGAUCUAACAACCACACUGAGCGACUGUAACCAUCCCUACACCCUUGAUGGGCACACCAACCUAGUCAUCGAUGCUGCGAACAUUCAAUCUGGUUGUUCUGUGGUUGCAACUGGUGGUCAGAAUGAAGCCAGUGUGCUUAUUGAUUUCGGAACUUCUACUAGUUGCCCUGAUGGCAAGAAUUCCUUGACUGUGUCAACGAGCGGUGAUUCCACCACCAUUGAUUUGUAUCGAGCAUCGGAUGGGCUGACCAAAUCAUUUUCGUUUGGUCCUGCAUUCCAAAUCUUUGAGUUCCUAAUGUCUGAAUGUGAUGACACAGUCACUUUGGACAGCACCCUGUCUACAACGCUCUCUGUGAAGAUCAAUGGAAGAUCUGGUGAUGACACUGUGACUGUUGGAGAUGCCAACAAUGGUGUAAACCUCAUCUAUGGUGACCUCGAUGUAAUCGGAGGACCCAGUGUUUCGGGUGAUACUCUGAUUAUCAUUGAUACUCCAGCAUCAUCAGGCAAGGUGGAAACCAUUUCGUCCAAGUUCCUAGAUGGUUUCCUUCUUGGAGAGAACCAGACAUUCGAAUACAACACCUUCGAAGUCCUUGAUGUGUCCUUGUCCGACACAGCCAAUGACCUGACCGUCACAUCUACGCCCCUGGGAUCAUCCACCUACAUCUAUGGUGGCUCCUACGCUGAUCUCUUCACCAUCAAUGCCACAAAGGGAGACAUCCAGAUUGAGGGACGAGACGGAGAUGAUGUGUUUUCUGUCUACGAGCUCUACACUGGUACAACUGCUGUAUUCAAGGGUGAGGGCGGAGAUGACACUCUUCAAAUUGAUGGACGGGUGAACGGUGGAGCCACACAGGGCUCCACCAUUGAUGGAGCUACGAUUGAGUGGAGUGGAGGUUUGAACGAUGACACUCUGGAUACGUACUUUGUCUCUUAUGGAGAGAGUGUCAUUAACAUUGUUGAUGACCAUGAUGGGACGAACAAGAUUCAGCUGGACUGUGCUGACUUUGCUUGCUACGUGCUUAGUCGAGAGAACUUCCUUGCCAAUAUCCACACCCCUGAUGCCAACACAAGUACAAUCGAGAGGAUCAACCUCGAAUCAACUGCUACCAUUCAAAGCUUGCUGAUCCGCCUGAAUGAGGGUCUGAAUGAAAUGUUCUUUGAUGACACUAUGGCGAAAACUGAUGUCUACGGUGGGUCAGAGAGAGAUGAGUUCCACAUUGGACAAAAGUACAAUUCUGAAAGAGAUGAAAUGGCCGGUGUUGACGACCCCAUUGACACAACUCUGACGACCCAAGGAUAUCUCUCGGAUGGUAACCACCACACCAUCGUGAUCAAUGGACAGGGUGGAGGGGAUUACUUUGAUGUCAUCCGAAACACUCAGCUACUGGAUCUCAACGGAGACUCUGGGGAUGAUACAUUUGUCAUUCGCUCCUUCUUGGCGCUGAGGAUUGUGGAUGGUGAGACUCUGGAGAGCGACGCAGGAGACGUCACAGCUGCUGGAGGUGAUGACAGUGACUACUUUGAGAUCGGAGAUACAGUGACUUCGUAUGUUGUCAAUGCUGGAGUUGAUGUUGAUGGUGGCACAGGCAACGAUCGAGCUGUUAUUGUUGGUACUGAGGCUGAUGACAACUACGUGGUCACUGACGGGAAUAUUUAUGGCGGUGGUCUGUCAGUCCGAUUCUCGAACAUUGAGAUGUUAGAUGUCACUGGAGAGGCAGGAAAUGAUGUCUUCUCAAUUCUCUCAACGAAUCCGAAUGUCAUCACAUCUGUCUAUGGAGCACUGGGAAGUGACACUUUUUAUAUUGCUCCCCGCAGUGUGGAUCCUGUGAUCUCCAAGAACACCAAGGGACACACUGGAGUGCUUGAACACGAGAUUGCCAGUGCUGAUGAGGAAUACAAUGGACUUCUUGUUGAGGGAAUCGCUGUCAACGUGCUCGAUAACGACGAGCUCGGCUACAUCCAGGUGGUUGAGACAUCGGCCUCAUACGUGCUGACUGAAGACGAUGAUAUGGAGUUUGACUUCUAUGUUUUCCCGACUGUGGAGCCAACUGGAUUGGUGCAAGUUGAUGUAGGCUCCCAGAUGUCGAUUAAUGACCACCCUUAUGUGAUUCUCAUGUAUGAUAUUCGAGGUGCUAAUGCCGUAGAUGGGGAGGUAGAGACAACAAAUGGAGGAACGUUGUCUCUCACCUGGACAGCAGGUGACAUGGAACCAUACCAUGUUACUGUGAGGCACAAUCCUGAUGCAGAACCAUUGAGUAUCACUGAUUACAGUGGCCUUAUUUCACUCGAUCUGUCUACCCUAACUGAAGACACCCUGUACAACACAUCAGAGCAGGCUAUCCAGCCCAUCUACAACAUGCUCAUUCCCAGAAAGGAUGGUUCAUCAGGGGCAAAGUCUGUCACUAUCAUUGAGCCCACCGGUGAAACUGUUGUUGCCGAGGGUGAUACCCAUGGAUUUGAUGCGACAUAUGACAUCUACUUGAGACCAUGCACAGAUGACAUGAAGGCAACUACCACUGUGAACAUCACGGAAACCGUUUCUGGGCAAGUGACAUUCUCACCAUCCUCCAUCACUGGUGACGAAUGGGGUGAUGAGUGCAAGGUGACAGUGACAGUGAAGGCUAUCAAUGAUGCUGUGUCUGAAGGUCUGCAUUUUGUGACCCUCGGACACACAGUUGAGGAUCUGAGUGGGAACGACAUCCUUCUUAGUGAUGACAGCAUCCUUGCUGCAUCCAAUGUGCUAGUGAAGAUUCAUGACGACGACAUUGCUGGAGUUAUCAUUGAAGAAUCCAACGGGGCCACUGCUACGGCAGAGAUUGAUGAUGCAGACCAGAGCAGGAUUUACCAGUAUUCAACACAGCCAUCCUUCAGCACUUACUUUGAAGACUCCUACCAGAUUCGAUUGUCAAAGGAACCAAGUGACACUGUCACCGUCACAGUAGAGUCCAUCGCAACAGCCAGUGAUGAUGCCGACCAGCUUGGAGGUUUAGUUAGCAAUGAAGAGAUUGCUAUCCGCACAACAGAGAGGAUUCAAGCCAAUGUCCGCCUUACCGAAGGUGGCACUCCGGACAACAGCACAACUCUGACUUUCACUCCCACCAACUGGUAUGAGUGGCAAACUGUUUAUGUUUCGGCUGUCAACGAUGCAAUCAAGGAGGGUGUCGAUCUGUUGAAUUUCCCGUCACAACCAUCCUUUCUGUCCCUCAUUCAGGGACCUCUUACGGUAGCAGGAUCGGAUUCCCCUGAUGUACCGGCAGUUUCCGACCCCUUGAUGAUGCCUGGGGAGACUGACACGGAUGAGUUCGUCGUGCCAGAUGGGUAUGAAGUUGAUGAUUCCAUGUUCUAUGCUGUGGAAGAAAAACAAGUGAAUACUCUCAUCAUCAACAACCUUGACGUGAGAGGAGAACUGGCUUCUGUUGGAACACUUCUGGCUGACCAGUUCUAUGGUAUGAAUAUGGGACAAAACUUGGUCGUUUCCGGUGCAGCACAGCGAGAUGGAAUUGUUUAUGGAGACAUGAGUGUCAUUGAGAUCAACUUGGGUGAUGGCGUCGAUGAAAUCACAGUGGUCAAUACCACGGAAGCUCUGCAUGUGAUAAACGCCAAUGGCGGCGACGAUUCCAUCCGUGUCAAGGCUGUAUCAGGUCCCUUUGUCAUUCAUGGUGGCUCUGGCAAUGACACUGUGAAGGUGUCGUCGGAUUCCUCCACAGUUGAUGAGAUCUUGGCGCUUCUGGCUUUUGAUGGUGGUACUGAUGAUUCCGAUGCGGAUUCCUUGGUUAUUGACAACACUGGGGACAGCGUGGGUGCUGAUCCAGUCCUCAAUGUCACCAGAGACUUGGUUGAGGUUGACAGCAUGGCAAUGCCUGAUUCCUCUGAAGCCCCCAGAGAAGUUUUCUUGAUUAGCCUGCGAGGGGCAACAAAUGGAUCGUAUGAUCUCCAAAUCACUGAGUCUCUCAACUCUUCCGUAACUACAUCAAUUAUCGAAGAAGUGCCAGCUUCCACCACUGCCGAAGGCCUUGAGGGACUUAUCCAAGAUGCACUGUUCCCAGAUGGCUACGAGUCCUCCUGCGGAACCACUGGAAUUACAGUGUGCUCCCAAUCAGUGAAGGUGUAUGACAUGGGAACAGGUUUCUUGGUAACUUUUGUUGGAGAACGCUUGAAUCAAGGUGUAAGCCUCGAGUACAUUACUGACAACUUGGUUAACUUUGAGAGUGAGAUGUUCCAGAAUAGCACUUUGGACAUCAAGGAGAGACCGUCCGACAUUGUCUAUGCAAACACAGAAUAUCUCGAUAUUGGAAUGGGCGCAGGGGACACAAUCUUGAACAUCAGAGGAUCGACGGCGACUACCAAGAUCACCACUCAGUCUCUUGAUGACUACAUCUUCAUCUCUUCUGAAGCGAACCAAGACAGCAGCAAUGCAGCUUCUGUUGACGUUCUUCUUGGAUGGCUUGAUUACUUGGAGGAGGAUGUGACCGUCGAGGCAGGCUCUGGCCGCCACAGGUUGAUGAUGUCUGAUGAGAAGAGCAGUAUUUCCAUGGCUGCUGAAGGUGACCCAGCAGUUCUCACAUCAACAUCUCUUACAAAUAUCAAGGAAGGCCUUGGCAAUAUCUACUUCUCUGCGGAGGGAGGCCACUGGUCUGCAGGUGUCAAUCUGUGGCUCGGGAAGAAUGAUGAUUACUUGAGCGUCACCUCCAUCCCCGCAAAUGAGGAUGGAAACGACCUUAGAACUACUACAUCCAUCCACGCAGGAAGCGGAGAUGAUGUUAUGACUGUUGAUCUUGAUGCUGAUGCGCACCCUGGAGCUGUGUUUAUUGCGAAUGGACAGGCUGGAGAUGACAGCAUUAACGGCACCACUUCGUCUCUUCCGUUGAUCCUCUUCGGUGAUGAUGGAGAUGAUGUCCUAGUGUCUGGAUCGGGGUCUGAUAUCCUCAUUGGAGAUUAUGGCCGUGUUAUCUGGACAAGCAAUGAUGGAACAAACACCACCGCUGUGGCAUCCGCUGGUGCGGGAGGCUAUGGUGAUUUUACUGAUGGUGUUGUGAGGACUGUGAGUGAAAUUGUCACUGUGGCUCCUGGUGAGGGAGGCUCGGACACACUCAUCAUGAACGAUGGAGACGAUGUUGGCAUUGGCUGUUAUUUGAAUGACACCAUUGAUGGUGGUGAUGGCAUGGACAUCUUGUUUGGAGAUGCAGCCCAGAUUUUGUACUAUGAUGAAUCCACUUCCCCUAAGAGUCUCAUGACAAUUGACUGUGAAGAUGGAGGAUAUGACACCCUCUAUGGUGGUUCAGGAAGUGUUGACUACCUUGUGGGUGGUGGCUUUGCUGAUACAAUCUAUGGUGGGACUGCGGAAGUGGACGACGCAGCUGAUGGUUGUGAUCUUGUGUUUGGAGACCAUGCACAGAUCCUGCUGGAAGAAGAGCCAGCAUUCAAGUUGAUUUCUGCUGAGACUACGUUUCCCGAAUGCACUGGAGGAGAUGACUAUAUCUACCUGGGUGCUGGUGAUGACAUUGCAUUUGGUGCAGCAGGAAACGAUCACAUUGAAGGCAAUGCAGGGCAAGAUAUUAUCUUUGGUGACUUUGGCGAGUAUGAUGCUCAGCUAAGCUACCCACAGUACAAAUCCUACAUUACACAUGCUGAAUAUUCUGGAAAUGAUACUAUCCAUGGUGGUUCUGAGGAUGAUAUCAUCUUUGGACAAGAGGGUCAUGAUGUUAUCUAUGGCGAUGAAGGCCAGGAUGAUAUCACUGGAGGGCAUAACAUUCUGCACGGAGAAGACGGAGGUGACACUAUCCAUGGAGGUGAUAAUGAAGACACCAUUGUCGGAGACAAUGCAAGGAUUCUUCGCGAAGGUACUGCUGGAAACACGUUCCCUUGGGAACACGAAAUCACCUGGGUUACAUUCCCCGCUCCGUUUGACACUGAGGUAAUCAGGGAAGUCAGGCUCUUCGAUGAUGUGGAUCUGGUUCAGGGCGACGACGUGAUCUACGGAGACGGGGGCAAUGAUGUGAUUUGGGGUCAGAGAGGUGAUGACACUCUUCAUGGUGGCGAAGGUGAAGAUGAAUUGGUUGGAGGCCUGGGCUCCGAUUACUUGGAUGGUGGCCACGGAAAUGACAUUGUUCUGGGCGACGUCGGAUUUGUUGUCCGGAGAUUUGAUGAAACAGGAACCCCCCGCCUUAACUCAGACACAAGCGGAACAACUUCAUCUUAUGUGUGGCACAAAGACAUUGUCCUGGAAGAGGUAGGCAAGAUCACCUCCGCUCACCAGAUCUCCACUACCCUCAAUUCGAGCGCCCUGUUGGCUGAGGAUGUAGCUGCCUCAUCAAUGAUGAUUGUGGCCAAUGAAUACAGUGAUGGAAAGCAGACAAGUGAUCCUAAAAGGGGUGGAUGGCCAACUGAGCUCAUCUUGUUUGAUUUGGAACCCAGUCACAACGAUGUCCUACAUGGAAGCCAUGGUGAUGAUAUUCUCAUUGGCCAGCGUGGAGAUGAUACAUUUGUAGGAGGUUAUGGAAACAACUUGAUCAUUGGUGAUGCUGGCACAAAUUCUAUUACCUACAACAUGGAUUUCCCGAAGAUCUAUGAGAUCUACCGUGCUUUGUCGGCUCCUUCUCCCUUUGAGGUGCCUCAGUACGGAGCAGUGUUCUCCAUUGAUUACAAGCUCUGGCCCAAUCAGUACCGCCAAGUUGAUUCCCUUGGAUCCAUUAUUGAUCUGGCAGUGAAUAUGGAUGAUCUCCAGUCUGACAGUAAUCUGCUUCAUGAUAUCAUUGGAGUAUCUGCCCUGGAAACUGGAGACGGAACUUGCUUGCAACCCAUGUUUGGUGCUGUGCCAGGAUUCUUGAAUUCACAGCAUCGUUUCCAUGGAAAUGAUAAUAUUGCAAGCGGCAAGGGAAGCAGCAUCGUCAUUGGAGAUGAUAUCAUUGGCAACUCUGGUUUUGACCUCUCCCAGUUUUCAGACAUUGAAACAGUUCGUGAGAGACUAGAUGAUUUGAUAAACUCUCUGAGUGUGAGAAUGAGCACGCUUGAAGUUGACACAGAGAGGUCAGGAUAUGCAUACAAUGCUGACGCGGACAUGUCUGUUGCCUGUGAUACAAUUUCAACCAAUCCAUCUGGCAGCUCUCUAGUGACUGGAGACUCUCUCACAAUUAUGGGAAGAACCUACAAGGCAGACGGGGUUGACGAAAACUCUCUUUUGCAGAUGUCGGAGGACAUCUUGAACAGAUUCCUUGACCUUGAGUUGGUCCUUGUUGACUUCCACUUUGCCCUGUAUGAGAUCCAUCACAACUUGUUGUCAAGAGCCCUCAACUCGGAGACAAGCAAUCCCAGUCUAGCGGUGCCUCUCCAUACACUGAAGCUUGCGGAUGACACGAUCAAAUCAUAUGGGAAUGACAUUGUCAUUGGUGAUUCUGCAACAUUGUUCGUCCAGGCGGAUCGGCCGGGCAUCACCGGUUUUGCUUUCGAGGGCAUGGACAAUGCCUUCGACCAGAAUGUUGAGAGAGCUCUUUCGUCGAUCCGCACUGCACGUGAGGCCGCUCGCGACGACCAUGCAAACGCCGACCUGACACCCACUAGCCCAUUUUCGAAUCAACAAAAGAACAGCCUUCCAUUUGACGACGUGCCUUUCGUCAAUUCCAUCGGAACAGAUGAGAUCUACCUGAACGAAGGAAACAAUUUGGCUGUUGGUGAUUUUGCUGUGUUGGGUGGUGUUGCGUCCUCUCGGGAUGUCAAGACUGCUGAUUUGUCAGCUUAUGUUGAAUCAGUCGAAACCUUGAGGAAGCGCCCAGUUGCGUCGCUGAAUGACAACAACUUAGACGUCUUCGGCUACUCAAUCGAAUUCUACAAUGAACGCUAUGAUUCUCAAACGUCCAAACUUGUGGAACCAAGCUAUCACGGAGACUACUUCUCUGGCAACAGCAGCAGCAACGUUAUCUUUGGCGACUACUGGACCUCGUACGGUUUCGAGCAACUCACAAGCGGGGACUUCCGGGCCGACGAGUCCUCCAACGCAUUUUCUCAGUGGGACAACGCUCGGUGGACUCUAUUUGCCGGAGACACAAUCGAAGUCGUUUCUGGAACUAAGGUUGACUCACAGAAGGGUUCAGAUACCAUCACUGGUGGUGCAAUUACAAACGACAAGAUGACUACUGAGUCGGCAUCCUUCACCCAGCAACUGAUCCAAAGUCACGGUUUGUAUGCACGGUUAAAGGAAGACUUGUACGAAGGUGUCCUUCCAUACUCGGCACUCACAGCGCUCAAGGGUGGAUACCAGUGCGUCGACCCGGAAACUGCAUCAUGGAUUCCACCCUUUGUUACGGAAGCUGGAACGUCAACAACCGAAGGUAGCUCGAAGACGUCUGCACCUGUGAGCUCGGCCCCUGUCACCGAUGCACCUGUCCCCGUGACCGAUGCGCCUGUCUCGACAGCUCCCGCCAGCUCUGCCCCCGCCACGUCAUCUCCUGUCGCUAAAGUGACGGGCUCGCCAACUACCCUCGUCACGUCAUCUCCUGUCACUCCAGUGACGGAUGCCCCAACUAGCGCUCCAACCAAAGCUCCGACGGACACCCCAACUAGCGCUCCAACCAAAGCACCGACGGAUGCCCCCACCAGCGCACCUACGGAAGGUUCCCCUGGUAAUGCUAAUGGAAACAGCAAUGGUAACGGUAACGGCAAGAACAAGAGGAAUCGUCUGCGACAUUAG